UAUCAAAACCCCGUUUGGGGGAUAAAGAGCAUGAUGGGAAGGAUUUUAAGCUAAGGCGGCCAUUUUCAAAAUCUUACGGAAGGAGUAACGUUACGGCCGAUUUUUGAAUACAGGGAGACAACCAUGUACCGUCCAUCCCAGAGUAGCAGCAGUAGCAGUAGCAGACGGUCCUCAGUAAACAGUGGACGUGCCUCACUAGCCCCACUCAGAGUCAAGCAAGACAAUGCUGGAAGAUCUAACAAUGCUGGCAGCUCCAAACGUCUCAGCUCUGACAGUGGAGCAGGUAGCAGCAGAUCGUCAACCGGUAACCGGAAAUCUGUCUCCCAGAAACAUGGCUUCAUUAACACCAAACGGCAGUCGAGUGGAUACGGAGGGAGGAAUUUUGGCCAUGAAAUCAUGAAGGACACAAGACCCCUCAGCGACAAGUCCUACAUGCAACGAGAAAUCAGAGAUAUAGUGGACUUUCUGACACAGCACGGCUACCCUCAUCCCCUCAACAACAAGAUGCUGAUGACACCAACGACUAAAGACUUCCUCAAGAUCUUCCAGUUCCUCUACAACUUCCUGGAGGUGAAGUACGCGCCGGCUCAGAAGUUUGAAGAGGAGAUACCCCAGAUCUUCAAGACAUUGAAAUAUCCAUUCAACAUUUCCAAGAGUUCCAUGUUCACCGUGGGCAGCCCUCACACCUGGCCAAACAUCCUGGGUGCCCUGCAUUGGCUGCUCAACUCAGUCAGGUAUGCCCUUGGUGUGGAUGAGCAAUCGGUGCUUUUCUCAGCGCAGCUCACCGACGACCAGGGGGAUGAGUUUGAUUCAGGCACCGAUUCUGAGGUUUUGUUCAAUUAUGUCGAGGGAGCGUACAAGGAGUUCUUGGAUGGAGCAGAUACGUUUGAAGAAAGGGAGGAAGCCCUGGCACAAGGCAUCAAGCAGCGUAGCCUUGGGCAGACAGGAAACCUGGAGCAGUUGGCAGCAGAGGAGCAGCGAUUGGCCGCUGAGCUGCAGCUGCUGCAGCAAGAACCUUGUCGCCUGACAGCACUACAAGAGCAUGCUCAGAUGAUGGCUGGUGACAACGAACGCUUCUACAAGUAUCUGCAGGAGUUGAAUGAACACAAGCGAAUCCACCAGCAGAAACUGCAAGAUAUCGAACUGCAAUUCCAACAAGCAGAAUUGGAGUUGGAGCAGACGAUGAACGAGCAGCAGCGAUUCGAGCAUCAGUUGGCCAAUCAGGAGCUGUCGGCCAGCGACGUGCAGCGUCUGCACUCCGAGAUGAGACAGCUGAACGCCACCCUGGAGGCCAUCGAGAGAGACAAGCAGGAGAUUGAUCAAGAGAUAUGGGACAAGGAGAAACAGAUUGCCAAGAAACAGGAACAGCUGGAGAAGCAUGUAACUCAGUUCAACAGCCAGGCAAGGAGUCUGAACCUGAUCCCCUCCACGGCAGAGAACGCCCACGGCAUAGACUACGAGAUGAAAAUCAACUUCUACAACGCCCACGGGAACAAAGCCUCACUCAUGGACUUCACCAGCACAAUAAAGCCUGCCCUGAUUCAAAUGAAGAAGCAAGUCAACGAGGAGGUCCACAAGCUGAACAGUCAGAAGCUUCUUGAAGAAGAAACACUGGAACAGUUGACGGAGAUGGUUGAGAGCAAACAGGAUGAAGUUAGCAAGUUGGACACCAGACUGCAGCGCCGAGCCAAGGAACUCGAAACACUGAAAGAGAAAAUCAAGGAGGAGAGUCGUCAGCUGGCUGAGCAGCAGAGCCUGCUGGAGCAGAAGAUCCAACAGCAGCAGGUGGUAGGAGACACAGAUCAGAACAGGGCACAGGCGGAGCUCAAAGAACUCAUCACGAGGUACCAUGAGCAUGUGGCGGAGAUGCAGCAAGAAUACAAGGAUUAUGAGCAGUUCCUCCUGCAUGCCUGCACCAAAGUGCUAGAACACAAGGCCAUCAUAGAUGAGCGCAUUUCUGAGCUCGAUCAGCAAGCAUCUGCGAUGAUCCAGAGGGUGAGGAACAUUGAUCUGCCCCCACCGGCACCAUCCAAAUGAUCCAGCCGAUUAUUGUGUCAGUGAAACCAUGGAUGAAAAAUGUUGUACAGCCAGAAUAACCUUAACAACCUUUUAACUUUGGAAAAGACUAUUGAUGCAGAUUGCCUGCAUCUACUGACUUUUGUAACUAAAGGUACAUGUAUGUUAAAACUUCCUUAACAGUUGUAGAGAACCUUUGUACAUAUUGUGUAUUUGUUGUUUUUGUUUUGUUUUAUUAGAAACCGGUUGGGCUUGGUAAAAAGAGAACGAACUAGCACCAUGAUUCACCCGUGUAAUGCUUGGGUUCCAAACACAAGGAGCUAUUUUCAUUUUUGUUCUGUAGCCAAAAUUUGCUGGCCCUAGCUAGUGAAUUUCUAAAUUAAUUUAGUGCUUUGAACAAUAAGAAACAGUCUCAUUAAGUUCACUUCAAGCACCAAGCCCUUAAAUUUAUGUAAAGUUUAAUUAGAUUUAGAUAUGUAAAUUAUCAAAAAAAAGAAAUUCAAAACAGGUUCAUCUGUAAUUCCUGGCUUCAGAAAGGACAGAGAAAUAAUCAAAACCAUAUGCCGACAUUUG